AUGGCAACAAGAGCACUCUGGAGAAGACCCACACAGGACAGAUGCCCUAUAAGUGCUCCCAAUGUAGUAAAUGCUAACACAGGAGAGAAACCAUAUGCGUGUCCAGUUUGUUUCAGUUGCAGUUCCAAACUGGUGAGACAUCAGAGGAUUCACACAGGAGAGAAACCCUUUGAAUGUCCUCAAUGUGGGAAAUCUUUCACUCAGAAUUAUAACCGGAUGACACAUCAGAGGACUCACACAAGAGAGAAACCCUUUGAAUGUCCUCAAUGUGGGAAAUCUUUCUCUCAGAAUUACAGCCCGAUGACACAUCAGAGGUCUCACACAGGAGAGAAACCCCUUGAAUGUCCUGAGUGUGGGAAAGGUUUCAGUUGCAGUUCCAGCCUGGUGAUACAUCAGAGGACUCACACAGGAGAGAAACCCUUUGAAUGUCCUGAGUGUGGGAAAUCUUUCAGACACAAUUCCAGCCUGGUGAUACAUCAGAGGACUCACACAGGAGAGAAACCCUUUGAAUGUCCUGAGUGUGGGAAAUCUUUCAGUUCCCGUUCUAAGCUUGUGAUACACCAAAGGAUUCACACAGGAGAAAAGGAGAAACCCUUUGAAUGUUCGGAUUGUGGGAAAUCUUUCACUCGGAAUUCCAGCCUGGUGAUACACCAGAAAACUCACACCAGAGAGAAACACUUUGAAUGUCCUGAAUGUGGGAAAAGUUUCACUCACAGUUCCAAACUGGUAGUACACCAGAGGACUCACACAGGAGAGAAACCCUUUGAAUGUUCGGAUUGUGGGAAAUGUUUCAAUCAGAAUUCCCACCUGGUGACACAUCAGAGGAUUCACACAGGAGAGAAACCCUUUGAAUGUCCUGAUUGUGGGAAAGGUUUCAAGAAAGGUUGUCACCUGGUCAACCACCAGAGGAUUCACACAGGAGAGAAACCCUUUGAAUGUCCUGAUUGUGGGAAAGGUUUCAAGAAAGGUUGUCACCUGGUAAACCAUCAGAGGAUUCACAUAGGAGAGAAACCGUAUGAGUGUCCACUUUGUGGGAAAAGUUUCAUUGUAUAUUCCCACCUGGUGAGACACCAGAUGACUCACACAGGAGAGAAACCAUUUCAGUGUCCACAGUGUGGGAAAAGUUUCAGUCAGAAUUCCAGCCUGGUGAACCACCAGAGGACUCACACAGGAGAGAAACCCUUUGAAUGUCCUGAUUGUGGGAAACGUUUCAGUCAGAAUUCCCACCUGGUGAAACAUCAGAGGACUCAUACAGGAGAGAAACCCUUUGAAUGUCCUGAUUGUGGGAAACGUUUCAGUCAGAAUUCCCACCUGGUAAACCACCAGAGGAUUCACACAGGAGAGAAACCCUUUGAAUGUCCUAUUUAUGGGAAACAUUUUACUCAAACUUUCAGUCUUCUGACACACCAGAGAACUCACACAGGUGAGAAACACUUUGAAUGUCCUGAAUGUGGGAAAAGUUUCAGUCAGAAUUCCAAUCUGGUGAUACACCAGAGGACUCACACAGGAGAGAAACCAUAUAAGUGUCCACUUUGUGGGAAAAGUUUUAUUGUAAAUUCCCACCUGGUGAGACACCAGAGAACUCACACAGGCGAGAAACCCUUUGAAUGUCCUGAAUGUGGGAAAAGUUUCAGUCAGAAUUCCAACCUGGUGAUACACCAUAGGACUCACACAGGAGAGAAACCCUUUGAAUGUCCUGAAUGUGGGAAAAGGUUCACUAAGAAUUCCCUCCUGGUGAGACAUCAGAGGACUCACACAGGAGAGAAACUGCAUGAGUGUCGAGAGUGUGGGAAAAGUUUCUGUUACACUUCUCUGCUUGUAAAACACCAGAGGACGCAUGCAGGAGAAAAACCGUAA